AUGGCAGUAGAGGUGAAAACAGAUCCAGCGGAGGAGGAGGAGAAGGAGGUGAUCGGGGAGGCGGGAUUUUUGAAAGCAACGACCACCGAGGACGUGGAGGGAAGUGGGGAGGAGACCACAGUCAUCAUCGCCAUAGCAACGGAAGGGAUCCAGAGGGGGCCUGCAAUUGUGUUACCCUCCUACGCGGAGUCCCUCAGCCCCGCCGAGACGGCGAUGAUUGAGGGGUCGGGGUGGAUUCUGGGCACGUUGGGUGAGUUGGCGGAUGAGGUGGUGGAGCAUGAGAAUGUGAUGAACGAGGAGGUGAUCGGGGAGGUGGACCUGAAAGAUGAGGCAGUUGACGGAACCUCUCACCAUCCAGGCGAGGUCACGAGGACGACGUCCUCCCCUCCGACCCCACCUCGAGUCCCACCUUUAACUGCGCCUGGGGCCACCCCGUCAACCAUGGUCGGCCUGCAAGGCCUCGAGGAGAUCUCAACUCUGGGGGUGGGAGGAGCCCUGCACUCUCAUCAUGGUGGCACCCAUGAGGAGGAGGGAAGUGCAGAUUCCCUGGUAGGGAGGCUCCAGGGGGAAGAGGGUGCGGGGAUGUUUCCUCAGCUCCCCGACCUCCGCGUGCCCUCCUCGCUGUCCCGUGCAGCUCCAGAGACCUCGCACCCAAACGGUGAGGAAGAGAAGGAGCCCAGCGGCUUGGCCGAAGGUAGUGGCUUCUCGGUGGACUACGCCCUGAGGGAGGAUUUUGACAAAAACGUGUCGUCCGUGCAAUUUUCCACUGCCGUAGCCACCGCCACCACCACAGCGACUUCCACAGCGGCGCCGGCGGAGGGGCACUUGAGCCGACUCGGCGGCAUCUUCGGCGCCGAGGAGACGCUGCGCUUGCUACCAAGCUCGGCGUUGGUAGACGGAGCGGUGAAUACGGGUGAUCUCAUCGCAGAGCGGAGCAGCGUUCGCACGGAGCCAGGAAGAGAAACGGCAAGGUUUUCAGAAGAGUCUCCACCGGCCUACACAGUAGGUUUUAUACAAGAUACGCCGCCAUCCUUUCGACCAGAAUCCACAAAAGACUUUGCACAAGGCUACACACCAGCAGGGUUUCCACCAAAAUUUAUAUUAGAAUCUCUAUCAGGUGCUACAUUAAAUGUUCCAGCAGCCUCCUCACAAGACUCUCCACCAGGCCACACAACCGAUCCAACUCUCAACUCUCCACUGGAUUUCAUACCACACUUUCUACUGGACUCCUCAAGAUAUUCUCCAUCAGACUCCUCACCAGACUCUCUCGCAGACGCCUCGAGAGACACCUCCUCACGAGGCCUUACAGCAGACUCCCGACCAGACUCUCACCACCAUGAGCACAGGGAAUCCUUUGAGCCCUUGCCAGAGGUGCUGGAGCACAGGCAGGUGCAGUUUAGCCUCGGUGAUUUCACCACUGAGCACAUGGGUCCUGGAACUUUGCGGGGGGCCAACAUCGACCUCAAGGGCGAAAAUCUUAACCUGGUGAAGGUCGGGGGGCGCUUGGAGGGCGGCAGCAGGGCUACGACAGAGGCACCCACGCCUCCUCCCUCACUUUCAUCGCCUGCAUCUCCCACAGAGUCCCCCACCGCUCCCCAUGGAGCCGGCUUGGAGCCAGGGAGUGGGCACCUGGAGGAGGGGUUAGGGAUGGCGGGGCCUGCACCGCACACCUCCUGGACGCCUGGACACACCUACAUCUCAACAGGCACACCUGGACCCGAAUCUCCUGGAUUAGUGUCUCCUGAGGUUCAGCCCCCUGUCUCCGUGCCUCCUGCGUUCAAGUCUCCAGGGUCCACUUCUCCUGAGAUUCAGUCUUCUGUAUCCACAUCUCCUGGACUUGAGUCUCCAGAAUUCUCGUCUCCUAAGUUUCAGUCUUCAAAAACCGUGCCUCUCGGAUCCGUGUCUUUGGAACUAACCGGAACUGACACCAAGCAUGUGGGGGUGGUGACAGGCGAGGGUGCAACAGUUACUGGCAUGACAGUCGUGGCGGCGGUGUCCUGUGAGCCCGGCUGGCACGGCUUUGGGGGGCGCUGCUACCGCUACGUGGCAGACCGGCUGCCCUGGGCCGAGGCAGAGGAGGCGUGCCGCUCCGUGGGAGGCCACCUGGCAAGCGUCGCCUCCCGCGACGAAAACAACUUCAUCCUUGCCCUCGGCUCCGACUACCAGUGGAUUGGACUCAACGACCGCUCCUCCGAGGGAGACUUCCGCUGGAGCGACGGCUCCCAGCUGAGCUUUGAGCACUGGCGGCCCCAGCAGCCCGACAGCUUCUUCUCGUCAGGCGAGGACUGCGUGGUGCUCAUCUGGCACGAGGAGGGUGAGUGGAACGACGUCCCCUGCAGCUACCGCCUGCCCUUCUGCUGCGAGACGCGGCCAGGACGCCCGCUGCGGCUCCCCGCGGCAUCGCGUCCGCCUCCUGCCGCGGGUCUCGUGUGGUGCGGCCACCCCCCCAUCGUAAGCAACGCACGGUGCUCCGGCGCGCCGCACGGCCGCUACGCGGUGGGUGCGUCGGUGCGCUACCGGUGCCGGGCCGGCUUCCUGCAGCGCCACGCCAACCCCACCUCGCGGUGCCGCCCCGACGGCAGCUGGGAGCGCCCGCGCGUCGCCUGCGUCCCACGGCCAGCGACACGACCGGGGCAGGAGAAGCGGCCCGUGUGGUUCGGCCUCUACAAGGACGCAUGGCUCCCGGCCCGCGCGUCGCGCUGGCUACACCACCUCCAGGACCCCCACAACCUCCACGACCCGCACCGCCCACACAACCUCCCCCACGACCCGCACACCGCUCGGUCGCUCCACGGCUGAGGGGCCGCUCGAGAGACCUCCACUGUGAGACGCCGGGAGGGCCUGGGGCCUUGGCACAGGCCUAGGGCCCCAGGCCUAGUCCUAGGGCCCUGGUCUGGUCCUAGAGUCCCAGUCGUCUGGUCCUUUAGUCAGUGGCAUCAAAUUCCUUCGGGGAAAAUGUUCCCUAAGUUCACACUGAUUCACUAAGGGGGAAAUGUGAGCGAAUGUACUUGAUGCAACUGACCCCUAGCCUGUGUGUGUGAGAGCGAGAGAGCAGUGAGGCGUCUGGAAGAUGAAAUGCUUUAACGCACCGAGACCCCACGAUCACUGCACUGUGUGCGAUGCGUUAAACACUGUUUAACACAUUCUAUUUAAUAAUUAUUGAAAGAUGACUUCAAAGUUAUAAUUAUGCGUGCAGCAGCGACCCUACUCCAGCGCUUUAUUAAUUUGUAUGGCAGUCAAGUCACCGUGUCAUCAGCCGUCAUCAAUCCACCGCUGGAUGAAGGCCUCCCCAACGUGUCCCCUCCUCUGCACAGGAGCCGAUUUUAUCGCUCCAUCUCUGCGGCGGACGUCCUUUCUCUCUCGGGUGCAAUUGCUUCCUUCAGUCCGGUCACAGUGACGUAACUACAGUGCAUCCUCACAGUCAACCGGAAAGUCUUUUGUUCUAAUGGAUGAAAAACCUCAAGGCUCGUGUUUGACAGCUGGGUUCACGCAGCCUUUGAGAGCCGCCCGUUGCUUGGGCUUGCGAUCCUCCUGUAGAGCAGGUCGGGCAAUAAGUUACGGCGACGUUGGACGCAGGUGCCAGCCAAAGCCUUAGUUUUGCUCAAAGCAGAAGUCAACCAGUGUUUGAUGAGACGCUGCCGACACAGCUCCCUGUCAACACAGCCACCUGCAUUCUGCUGCCACUCGCUGCUGUUAGCCGCUGCUGUCUGUAAACUGUGAUUGAUGGCGAUUGCACAGAGAUGUGUGUGCCUCUUGGGGACGUUGCUUGCUGUGGGAGACAACGCCGCUAUCACCGGGGUUUAGGCAACUGCGAGAGUAUGGACUUGAAGGCACGAGGAAACAUUUCUGAACAUGCCUUGAGAGGGAGUCUCAUUCACGGAUUUGGGCAGCUCAGUAGCACGCCCUUGGUUCUUACACGGUGCAAGGCUUUCGCGACCAAUGUUAUGAUUUAUAAUCGAUUUUUAGGGUCAGAUUGCCACAUGAGUAAAAAUGCCAAUGUUUUGUGUCGCAUACCCUCGUCCACCCAGCGCAGCCAUGUAAAGCUGUCACGUUAACAAAUGCGCCGGUUGGCUAUUGGCUGAGCGCGCCUGGACGCGUAAGUGCGAUUUGGGCAGUCGCCUGAUGAUGCUGGUUUUAACUCCCAGCGAAACGUGGAAGCUAAUUGUGAAGCUAAUUGUUAAGCUAAUUGUGAAGCUAAUUGUUAAGCUAAUUGUUAAGCUAAUUGUUCAGUGUGAGCAGUUUGCUUUUUCAACAUUACCGGUGUGCUGCAGAAAUAUUAACCUGGCGCAUUUGUUCAGGUGACAACUUCAUGUACGACACAGCAUUGCCAUUUCAUUACACGCGGCAAUCUGACUGAACGAGUCAAUGAUGAACGCCUUAAGUUGUAUUAGACUGUCUGGAGCGGCACACAGUCACCUGCUGCCCUUCCAAGGCCAUUCAGGGGCGGCACCAGCAUCCACCAGCUGAGAAGCAGCGUUGUCAGGUGGCUCACCACACCAGACAUUGAUUUAUAAACCUUGUGCCCAUUCCAAACAUCAAUUGCUUAUUUCUGCAAUGUGCCACGUGAAAGAAGAAUAUUAAAUAGUUUUUGGUUUUAAAAUAACUACCGUCUUUCUAAUCAUAACUUACUUAAUUAUAUGAUGCCAAUAAUGUGCUUUAUAUAUCCAGGACACUGUGAUAAGCGGGCCCUGCUACAUUGGCGAAUUGUUUUAUUCACAAGAGUUUGUUGAAAAGAGUGUGAGAGUUUGUUGACAAGAGGGUGAGAGGACAGAGAGAACCCGGACAAAAACCACCACGCAUAUGAAUGGCACUCAAGAGGUCUGGACAUAUUAAUUGCAUCUCCAGAUAAUGUCCAGAUCCAAUCAACUGAACUCAACCGUAGACUCAACCCGUUUGCUGGACUGCCGCUGAUCCACCCCGCAGCCCCACGCCACACCGUGGCCGUGAGCUGCUCUGUGAGCCAUGGCUACACAGCACCUCAGAAAGUCGUGGUGGUGGCGGUGGCGGUCUCGCACCCAAGGGCCAACCAGAUUCAACACGUACCUGGGCUUCUGAGAUCCGCCGAGAUGUAUGUACUGUAUGUUUGUUGAACUUCUUUCGCACCGUACGUAGUCAACCGUACUAAUCGGAGAUGUGGGGGGAAAGGACAAUAAACUAAACACACAAAAAACUGUUUUAAACAAAUGAGUUUUCAAUCUAGAUUAAACAGUGCAUAGGGGCCGUCCAUAAAUGACGUCACGCGAUUUUGGACGAUUUUUUUACCCCCCCCCCCUUCGUCACACGCCGUCACAAAAAGUCAGCCCCCCCUCAAAUAUGACGUCACAAAGCUCUGCCCCCCCUUCCCCCCCAAAAAUAAAACAGGCUUCAAAUCGCUUGAAACUAUUGUUAUUGUGGUGCGUAUUUAAUGUGGCGCUGCACUCUGAUGUUG